GACCCAGAGAUUCUUAGGAGAGAGAAAAUCCGCAGCACACAGCCUGGGUAGAGAGAGAAAGAGUUCAGAAGAGAAAAAACAAAAGAAUUUAAAUUUAUUGGAAAAUAUAAACUUUUACUACUAAAGUUUCAAUUUUUAUGUUUUUCCAUUUUCAUAAUAUAUCAUAAUCAAGGAUUUUUCUUCUGCUUGUUCAAAAUUUCUUGCUAUUUCCUUCAAAAAAAAUUUGUGGGUGCUUCUAUUUUGUGCUGAUCUACAAGCUUACUUGCUGAAUUUCAGCGAGCUAGUUGAACUGGUUGGUGGGUCCCCCAAGUUGGGGGAGAAAAGGGUUAACUUAGGUUUCUAAUUUGAUUGUAUUUGCUGGGUAUUUGGAUGAAUUGAAGAUUGGAGAGAAAAAAAUCGUUUCUUUGUUUAACCCAAAUGGCUUCAACAGUGAAUAUAAUUAUAGGUUCACAUGUAUGGGUGGAAGACCCUAAGUUAGCCUGGAUUGAUGGAGAAGUUACUGGGAUCAGUGGUGAUGAGGUUCAUGUUCAUACUACAAAUGGAAAAAAAGUUGUCACUAAGAUUUCUAAAGUAUUCCCCAAGGACACUGAAGCUCCACCUGCAGGAGUUGAUGACAUGACAAGACUUUCUUAUCUACAUGAACCUGGUGUUUUACAAAACUUGGCUACUAGAUAUGAAUUGAAUGAAAUAUACACAUAUACUGGCAAUAUUCUCAUUGCUGUGAAUCCGUUCCAAAGACUACCACAUUUGUAUGAUACACACAUGAUGCAACAAUACAAAGGAGCAAGUCUAGGGGAAUUGAGUCCUCAUGUAUUUGCAGUUGGUGAUGUUGCCUACAGGGCUAUGAUUAAUGAGGGAAGGAGCAAUUCUAUUCUGGUCAGUGGAGAGAGUGGUGCUGGUAAAACAGAAACAACAAAGAUGCUUAUGAGAUAUCUAGCUUACUUGGGCGGGCGAUCCGGGGUAGAGGGAAGAACUGUUGAGCAACAAGUUCUGGAGUCAAACCCAGUUCUUGAAGCAUUUGGUAAUGCAAAAACUGUCAGGAAUAAUAAUUCUAGUCGGUUCGGUAAAUUUGUUGAAAUCCAGUUUGACAAGAAUGGUAGGAUAUCUGGUGCUGCCAUCAGAACGUAUCUACUUGAAAGGUCACGUGUUUGCCAAAUAUCAGAUCCUGAGAGGAAUUAUCAUUGUUUCUAUCUACUUUGCGCUGCACCAGCUGAGGAAAUUGAGAAGUAUAAAUUGCGGAACCGAAAAUCAUUUCAUUAUUUAAAUCAAUCAAGUUGCUAUGAACUGGAGGGUGUGAAUGAUGCCCAUGAGUAUCUUGAACUCAGGAGAGCUAUGGAUAUAGUUGGAAUCAAUGAGGAAGAGCAGGAGGCAAUUUUCAGGGUUGUAGCUGCAAUUCUUCACCUCGGUAAUAUUAAUUUUGUCAAGGGAGAUGAGAUAGAUUCCUCAGCUAUCAAAGAUGAGAAUUCUAGGUUCCAUCUCAACGUGACAGCAGAACUCCUUAGGUGUGAUGCCCAGAGUUUGGAAGAUGCAUUGAUAAAGCGUGUUAUGGUGACACCAGAAGAAGUCAUUACAAUGACCCUUGAUCCUGUCAAUGCUCUGGCUAGCAGGGAUGCAUUGGCUAAGACAAUAUACUCUCGCUUGUUUGAUUGGAUUGUGGAGAAAAUCAAUAUCUCAAUUGGACAAGAUCCAAAUUCGAAAUCAAUCAUUGGGGUUCUUGAUAUCUAUGGUUUUGAAAGUUUUAAGUUCAACAGUUUUGAGCAGUUCUGCAUCAAUUUCACAAAUGAGAAACUGCAGCAGCAUUUCAACCAGCAUGUCUUCAAGAUGGAGCAAGAAGAAUACUCUAAAGAAGAGAUAAACUGGAGCUACAUAGAAUUUGUCGAUAACCAGGAUGUGUUGGAUCUAAUUGAAAAGAAACCUGGAGGAAUUAUCUCCCUGCUUGAUGAAGCCUGUAUGUUCCCAAAGUCUACGCAUGAAACAUUUUCUCAGAAGCUGUACCAGACUUUUCAAAAAAAUAAACGCUUUAGCAAACCGAAACUUAGUCGCACUGAUUUUACUAUAGUGCACUAUGCUGGGGAGGUUAUGUACAAGGCCGAUCUGUUUCUGGAUAAAAAUAAAGAUUACGUGGUGGCAGAACAUCAAGCUUUGCUGACAGCCUCAAAAUGUCCUUUUGCAGCUGCACUUUUUCCUCCACUUCCAGAGGACUCUUCAAAGUCAUCCAAAUUUUCUUCAAUUGGAUCAAGAUUUAAGCUGCAACUUCAAUCUUUAAUGGAGACCUUAAACGCGACUGAGCCUCACUAUAUAAGGUGUGUGAAGCCAAAUAAUGUAUUGAAGCCUGCCAUUUUUGAGAAUGUGAACGUCAUCCAACAAUUACGUUGUGGUGGUGUCCUUGAGGCAAUCAGGAUAAGCUGUGCUGGAUAUCCUACCAGAAAGACGUUCUAUGAGUUUCUUCUUCGAUUUGGUGUCCUUGCACCAGAGGCUCUGGAAGGAAAUUAUGAAGACAAGGUUGCGUGUCAGGUUAUUCUUGAUAAAAUGGGAUUGCAAGGAUAUCAGAUAGGUAAGACAAAAGUAUUCUUAAGAGCAGGUCAGAUGGCGGAACUCGAUGCUAGAAGAGCAGAGGUACUCGGAAAUGCAGCGAGAAAGAUCCAGCGAAGCAUCCGCACUUAUAUUGCUCGCAAGGAAUUUGUGGCCCUCCGUGAAUUUGCAAUUCAGUUGCAGGCUUUAUGUCGAUUCAGAAUGGCCUGUAAGCAGUAUGAAGAAUUACGGCGUGAGGCUGGAGCUUUAAGAAUCCAGACUAAGUUCAGGCAGCAUGUAGCAAGAAAAGUUUAUCUGCAAGUACGUUUAUCUGCAAUCACCUUGCAGACAGGUUUAAGAACAAUGAUUGCGCGCAAUGAAUUUAGAAUGAAACUUCGCACAAAAGCUGCCAUCCAUAUCCAGGCCAAGUGGAGAUGCCAUCAUGCUUCUGCUUACUACAAGAAACUAUACAAGGCAGCUAUUGUUACACAGUGUGAAUGGAGGUGUAGAGUUGCAAGAAGGGAGCUCAGAAACCUUAAAAUGGCUGCAAGAGAAACAGGUGCCCUCAAGGAAGCAAAAGACAAGCUUGAAAAACGUGUAGAGGAACUAACAUGGCGUUUACAACUCGAAAAGCGUUUGCGGACUGACCUUGAGGAAGCAAAAGCCCAAGAGACUGCACAGCUGAAGAAAGCAUUGCAUGCUAUGCAAUCACAACUUGAAGAAGCUAAAACAAUGGUGAUUAAAGAAAGGGAGGCUGCUAGGAAAGCCAUUGAAGAAGCACCCCCUGUAAUUAAGGAAACUCCUGUUAUUAUUCAGGAUACGGAAAAGAUUGAUUCGUUGACUGCUGAACUUGAAACGGUCAAGGCUUUGCUGCAGUCAGAGACAGAUUCCAAAAAAGAGGUGCAGCAAUCUUAUACAACAAUGCUAACCAGCAAUGAAGAACUAAUGAAGAAGCUGAAGGAGGCAGAGGAAAAAGGGAAUCAGCUUCAAGAAUCAAUGCAGAGUCUUCAAGAAAAGGUCUCUAAUUUGGAAUCUGAGAACCAAGUACUUCGGCAACAAGCACUGGCCAUAUCUCCAACAGGCAAAGCAGUAGCAACACGACCAAAGACAACAAUUAUACUGAGGACUCCAGAGAAUGGGAAUGUUGUGGACGGAGAAAUCAGAAGAGGAUCGGCCCUUGCUCCGGUACCUUAUACGCCUGAGAGUGAAGCAAAACCCCAGAAAUUCCUUUAUGAGAAGCAACAGGAGAAUCAAGAUGCUCUAAUAAAGUGUAUAUCACAAGAUCUGGGAUUCUCUAAAGGCAGGCCUAUUGCUGCAUGUUUGAUAUACAAAUCUCUUCUGCAAUGGCGAUCAUUCGAGGUUGAAAGAACCAAUAUAUUUGAUCGUAUCAUUCAGACUAUAUCUACAGCCAUCGAGACCCAGGAUAACAAUGAUGUACUGUCCUACUGGUUAUCUAAUUCAGCCACAUUGCUAUUGCUGCUUCAAAGCACACUAAAAGCAAGUGGAGCUGCCAGCCUAACACCACAUCGAAGGAGAACCUCAUCUGCUUCUUUAUUUGGUAGGGUAUCUCAGGGACUUCGAUCAUCUCCACAAAGUGCUGGUUUUUCAUUAUUCAAUGGCCGUGCUCUUGGUGAAGAACUGCGUCAAGUCGAAGCGAAAUAUCCUGCAUUGCUUUUCAAACAGCAACUUACUGCUUACCUUGAGAAGAUAUACGGAAUGAUCAGAGACAAUCUGAAGAAGGAGAUUUCUCCAGUUCUUGGUUUAUGCAUCCAGGCACCUAGAACUUCCAGGACAAGUUUAGUAAAAGGACGUGCUCAAGCCAAUGCAGUCGCUCAAAAAGCGUUGAUUGCUCACUGGCAGAACAUUGUUAAAAGCCUAAAUAACUAUUUAAAUACUAUGAGAGCCAACUAUGUUCCACCAUUCCUUAUCCACAAAGUGUUUACACAAACAUUUUGUUUCAUCAAUGUUCAACUUUUCAAUAGUCUUCUGUUGCGCCGUGAAUGCUGCUCGUUUAGCAAUGGGGAGUAUGUUAAAGCAGGCCUGGCAGAGCUAGAACAAUGGUGUCAUGAUGCAACAGAGAAGUAUGCAGGUUCUGCCUGGGAGGAGCUCAAGCACAUAAAACAAGCAGUUGGAUUCCUGGUGAUACACCAAAAGCCCAAGAAAGCGUUGAAAGAAAUAACAAGUGAUUUGUGUCCUGCUCUCAGCAUACAGCAGUUGUACCGCAUCAGUACAAUGUAUUGGGAUGACAAAUACGGCACACAUAGUGUAUCUGCUGAGGUUAUUGCAAGUAUGAGAGUCAAGAUGACAGAGGACUCCAACAAUGCUGUGAGCAGCUCCUUCCUUUUAGAUGAUGACUCAAGCAUUCCGUUCUCAGUGGAUGAAAUCUCAAAGUCUAUGGAACAAGUGGAACUGGCCGAUGUUGAUCCCCCACCUCUGCUUCGUGAAAACUCAGGCUUUGCAUUUCUUCUACAACGGUCCGAUUAAUAUUCAAUGAUCACUCUUCUUGCUGCUAUAUUCUUGCUGCACAGGAAGGAUUCACUUGUACAUUUGUUGCUGUGAAGAUUUUAAGUAUAUUAUUUCUGUAAAUUCACACUCAGGCGCUCCUAUUUUUUCUUAUGUCUGGGUUAGUUUUUUCUUCAGUCAGAAUGUUGGCUUCUUGUUUCUUUUCCCUUUGUUCUUUUAUUUUUUUGGAAGCUAAGUGCUUCUUCUGUGGACAACGAUAGGCAGCCAUAUAUAGGAGUUUUGUGAUGUUACUAGUAUACUGUGGCUCCUUGUUGAUGUACAUAUUAUGUGUUAUUGUUUGAUGUAAUGGUGAUGAAAAAAGAACGUUGUUUGACAAGUAA